AUGUCGAGGCAACAGUCAGGCCUAGCCUGCGAGGAGUGUCGCAGGCGAAAAGCACGGUGUGAUCGAAUGCGUCCUCAGUGCGGUAUCUGCGCGGAGACGGGCAGAACAUGCACUGUAGUGAGCAAAAGAUCUCCAAGGGGACCGAAAAAGGGUCAAAUGAAGGAAUUGAGGACCAGAAAAGCGAUGCUUGAACAACGUUUGACCGGCGCAGAGAGUGUCCCCGAAGUAGACCUCCCGCUGGACUCUAUCGAAGCAAGCCCCGAGCGAGAUACGACAGAGGAGAUGAGCUUAUACGAUGACAUUCAUCUAGGAAUGAACAUGGAUACAUGGAAUAUGCUGGAUCUGACUCCUGGCGAGAUAUCCCAAGGCGAAUGGCCAUUUGGUUUGGAUUAUGGCAGCUGCAAAGAUUGGCCAGGGCUGAAGAACAGAGACAUUGUGUCUAAUAUGAGUCACAUUAAUCUCCCCAUAGCGCCCCUCUCGACAACCCAUAUCGCAGUUUCGACAUCUGUACACGAUGGUGAGCUCGAGAUGUCUGAUCUCAUGCGCGCAGAUCUGGAUCUUUUAUACUUCGAGCGAGUCCAUUCUAUCGCUCCGAUGGUCCACAAACAACGAUACUUUUCUUGGACAGGAGACGAGAAUGUCUCACCCGCCCGCUCUUGCUUGCGCUCGGCAAUGAGGACUGUCGCUGCCGCAAUGUCGUCUCAAUUCUGCACGUUUGCGGACUCACUUUACUCUCAGACGCGUCGUAUGCUGGAGGCGCAAAGUGCGGGCGAUACUGGAUUACCAUGGAUGACUCGAACCAGAGACCCACAGGGUCGAAUCGAGCACGAGCGCAUCCAAGCCUGGCUUCUGCUUGCCCAUUAUGAAUUUCUCCGGAAGCCAGAGCACCAGGCCCACCUCACAGCUGAACGCACCUUUCGGCUUUUGCAGUUGUCUCGUCUAAUAGAGCUAGACUUUCACGAUGGCAAUGCCCCGACUAGUGGACACUCGACUUCAUCUUCCUCCACAUCAUCCCCCGCUUCCCAGACGCUGCUGGAUGAAGCCUGGGUGGAAACCGAAGAAAAGCGACGGACACUCUGGGCGGCCUUUGUGCUAGACCGGCUAGCAAGUAUGCUAAACGACCGUCCGGUCAUGCUGCAUGAAGAGAUAAUCUGCACGCGUUUGCCAAUGCCUGAACAAGAUUUCCAAACUGGCAACCAACCUACACAUAUGGGAUUCCUCCUCGAAACCAUGAACAACACCGACAGCUGCGCAUCCCUCCCUUCAUUCUCAAAAUGUGUCGUUUUGGCAAACCUCUUCGGUAGAUGCGUUGCGCACCGUCGCCUUACCCAGUCGAGUUUUAUUUCCCCCUCCGAUACCGAGUCGCAAGACUUCUGGAUCCGACACGAAUCCCUCGCCGCGCUGGCAGCCGUGGUCACAAACGAGAAGCAGAUAUCUCCGGAUGUCAAUUCUUGCACGCCUUCUAUACCUAGAUGUGACCCUAUGGCUGCAUUAAAUCGGAUUCUAACAUCUAGUGCAUAUGUGUCAUUGAGUGAAACGGCCGAAUCCAAGCCAGGGAAAACGAUGGAGGACCACAUGCAGGCCUUGAAGUACAAACAACUUGCAAACCAAGUCGUGCUCGAUGCGGUGUCUAUCAUUCAAAACGCACCUCGGAUUGCUUUCCUGAAGAUGCACCCCUUCCUGCCAAAUGCAAUUUCACUGCUUGUUAUGUUUCUAAGUGCAACAACGCCUCAAUUGCCCAGCACAGAUAAAAAAGAGCAACCCGGCGUCAACAGCUUACUCAUAGCCCUGGGAUAUCUCAGCGAUGUCAACAAUCUGGCUCGGGAGAUAUUGUGCAAACUGCAAGCUGGCGUUGCGCCGACCACGCCUCCGACACUAGAAAUCGCGCAGCCGCAAUGGACUAUAUAG